AUGCUCAAGUUGGAAAAUCAAGUACUUGAGGAUCUUCUUGAACUACAUAGAACUGCAACCGCUGCCAUUAGUAACAGUACUUAUGUCAUUCCUUUGAUGAAGGAACUCGCCUCUGAGUUCAUCAAUAUGACAUUUGGUUGGACGAGCAUCGUACAAAAUGUGGGGAUGCUAAGGAGGGGAAGUGAAAGUUAUAAGUGCACCGAGCAUCAUCGAACUAUAGAUGGAUGGAGUGAAAAUUGUGUGGGGAUCAAGCACAAGCUUAUCUUCCAUGAUUCCUAG